UUAGCUUGUUUGGAUAAUCCAGCGUCCUCUAGGAGGAGAGUAAUCCAUGAAAAGAGUUCAAAGUUGACUUUCCUCUUCCUUCUUGACUCGUGGUUGUUUGUAAAAUGUCAGGUUAUCAGGAUCUUUCAGAUGUCCAGCAGCUGGUGGUGAAAGAAGAAGAGGUUCCCCUUAAGAAGCAUGAGAUGAACUGGAGUCUGAACCAGGAGAAGCCACGAGAACCAGCACACAUCAAAGAGGAACAGGACGAACAAUGGAUCUGUCAGGAGAGAGAGCAGCUUCAUGGAGCAGAGGGGUCUGAUAACGUGUCCACAUUCAUUCUGGUCCCUGUGAAGAGUGAAGAAGAGGAUAAAAAUGAACCUCAGUCCUUGAAACUUCAUGAAAUCCAAAGGGAAGAGAACAGAGACACGGAGCCUUUAAAAACAGAAUCUGAUGGAGAGGACUGUGGAGGAUCAGGAGCAGUUAGUCAAUUACAGCCAGUCAGUCCUGACAAGACUUCAGAUCUUUCUGGAUCUGAGACUGAUGACAGUGCUGAUUGGGAGGAGAGUGAUGAAGCACAAAAAGGUUUAAACUCAAAGCAAAACAAAGACGUAGCAAUAAGCGAUUUGAAAUGUCACAUUGGAGACACAUCAGCUAGCUCCCCUGAUUGUGCUCCAAGCACUGGACAGAAAAAACAAGUUGAGGAACACAAAGGAACUUAUACAGGAGAGAAGUGUUUCAGCUGCUCUUUUUGUAAGAAAACAUUCACGAAGAAAGCAAAAAUGGUCUGUCACAUUAGAAUCCACACAGGAGAAAAACCAUUUAGUUGCUCCUAUUGUGGUAAAGGAUACUCUCUGCCCAGAAACCUGAGGCAUCACAUUCGUGUCCACACAGGAGAAAAACCAUUUAGUUGCUCAGUUUGCGGUAAAAGGUUCAGACAAAAAAAUUAUCUUAAAAACCACUCUGUUGUCCACACGGGAGAAAAACCAUUUAGCUGUUCUCUUUGUGACAAAAGAUUUUCUCUAGUUGAAAAUCUGAAGCAACACUCUCUUAUCCACACAGGAGAGAAACGAUUCAGUUGUUCUGUUUGUGGUAAAAAAUUCACUCAAAGAGCACAUCUUAAAAACCACUCAGUUAUCCACACAGGAGAGAAACCCUUAAGUUGUUCAAUUUGUGAUAAAAGAUUUACCCAUAGUGGAGAUCUAAAAAGACACUCCAUUGUCCACACAGGAGAGAAACCCAUAAGUUGUUCCGUUUGUGGUAAAAGAUUCAUCCAAAAUGGAGAUCUAAAAAGACAUUCCACUGUCCACACAGGAGAGAAACCAUUCAGCUGCUCAGUUUGUGGUAAAAGAUUCAUUCAAAGUGGAGAUGUAAAAAGACACUCUAUUGUACACACAAGAGAGAAAGCAUUUAGUUGCGAUGUUUGUGAAAGAAAAUUUACUAAGGCGAUGCAUCUCAAAAAUCACAAGUGUGUUGGUAAGACCGGUGACAAUGUUUAAACCUUAAGAUACUCAAAUUUAGCCUUUUUAGUGUGCUGGCUAAGUCCAACACAAAAACAACAUGCAUUCUUAAUUAAUAUAUUGUAACACAUAUCUGCAUACCUCUAGUGGUGAAAGAACUGUAAAAAUGCAAAAGUUACCAAAAAUCUACCCCAUUUGUAAAACAGCAAGUGAAAUUGAUUCACAAUCAGUGUUGCUUCUUAACUGGACAGGUUAAAAUUCUGGAAGUGUGAUUGACUUGGAGUUAUAUUGUGAUGAUUAUGUGUUCUCUCUCUCUUUUUUUUUUCUUUUUUUUUUUUUUUGAGUGGUGUAGUUAGAGGUAUAACCAAUGUGAAAACCAGAGAGCUGUCCAUGAGUGAAAAACCAACAAUUGUGAAGCUGGGGGCAGUGAGAACCUAACUGGGUACACGAUUUCAGUGCUGUGCUUAUUAUGUCUGUACAGCACAAGCACACACACUAUAUUGCCAAAAGUAGUCACUUACCCAUCCAAAUA